CGCGCCCCGGAGCGUGAGCACAGAGCCGGCCUCGAGCUCGGAGCCCCACGGGCCGCGCCUGCCGCCGGCCCCACCCAUCCGGACCGAGGAGGCCGCGGCCAUGGCCGAGACGGAGGAGCGGAGCCUGGACAACUUCUUCGCUAAGAGGGACAAGAAAAAGAAGAAGGAGCGGAGCAACCGCGCGGCAAGCGCCGCGGGCGCGCCAGGAGCCGCCGGCGGGAGCAGUGGAGCCGCGGGCGCGGCAGGCGGCGGGACAGGCGCGGGGGCCCGGCCGAGCGACGGCGGGACUGCUGGCGCGGGGGCCGCGGGCCCGGGGGCCGCCACCAAGGCCGUGACGAAGGAUGAAGAUGAGUGGAAAGAAUUUGAGCAAAAAGAGGUUGAUUACAGCGGCCUCCGAGUUCAGGCAAUGCAAAUAAGUGAAAAGGAAGAAGAAGAUAAUGAAAAGAGAGAAGAUCCAGGUGAUAACUGGGAAGAAGGUGGAGGAGGUGGUGGUAGUGGUGUGGAAAAGUCUUCAGGUCCCUGGAAUAGAACAGCUCCAGUACAAGCACCUCCUGCCGCAGUAAUUGUUACAGAAACCCCAGAACUGGCGAUGACUAGCGGUGUGUAUAGGCCUCCUGGGGCCAGGUUAACCACAACAAGGAAAACCCCACAAGGACCACCAGAAAUAUACAGUGAUACACAGUUUCCUUCCCUGCAGUCCACUGCUAAGCAUGUAGAAAGCCGGAGGGAUAAAGAAAUGGAGAAGAGCUUUGAAGUAGUAAGACACAAAAAUAGAGGUAGGGAUGAGGUUUCAAAACACCAGGCCCUUAAACUUCAGCUAGACAACCAGUAUGCCGUGCUUGAAAACCAGAAAGGCAGCCACACACAGUACAAUUAAGGAAUGGUCUUUGCUAACUCUCCCAAGGUAACUAGAUUACAGCUCACCACCACGAACAGCCGUUCAUCAUCUGAUCUCUGCUGGAUCUACAGCAACGAUGCAGCCCACUCGAUAUAAAUGAUCAGCCCUGUUGCACUAUGGAAGUUUAAAGUGUCACAACUGCUCUUUAUGUAUAUUGGAUUUAGCGAAAAUUUUCAUUGUUAUAUAAAUGUGUGAACUAGAUUCAGCAGUGUUCUUUCAUGAUUACUCUGCAAAUACAAAAACCAAAAACUGCAGCCAGUGGUCAUUUCAAAAUCUUUUUAUGUUCAGAUACUGAGCCUUCGUAAGGGUUGACUACCUCAGAUUUGCCGCAUUCAUUGUGGACUUCAUGUGGAUCACAACUUCUGGAUAAGAAGGUUACAGCUAUUAAGUGUCUGUGAAACUUGAAACCAGCUCUCCUGGAUUCCUAUCAGAAAUCCUGCCGAAAGUCAGCCAUCUGGGUUCUGAUCUGCUGUAAAAGACGAAGAUUUAAGUGACCUUAAUUAACCUGUCCUGUGCCCCACCCUUAAGGGAUACUUUCUGUAAUAGGCUGUGGCUAUAUUAGACUUCCGGGAACAUGCCACUCACAAAAGAACUGAUGUCUUCAGAUAAUCUGUAGGGCUGUGAUUUAUAAUUUAAACCUUAAAGGUGUAUUCUGAGGUAACCACAAAUUAAAUUAAACCAAGCUUGAUUCUACGAAGUGGGGAAGGGGAUGGGGAGGGAAUAAUCUUGUUUCUUUUAGUAAUUUUUUAUUUGGGUAGUGCUUUUUCUAUGUUCUACACAUUGGGCCUUUUUUUUUUUUUUGCUUUGACUUGGGAUACGUUUUUUGAUUGCAUAUUGUUUGUUUAAGCAACCCGAGAUACACAUUAGGAUUGUGAGGUGUUUCAUGAAUUUGCCCAACCCCUAGAGUGGAACCAAAAAGCCUUUGAUAAAAAGGACAGUGGAUGCUGGGAGGCUCUAGUUCAUGUGCUGCUAAAGCCUUUAGUUGGGUCUAAAUUGUAUAGUAAAUGGCAGGCUAAAGGAUUCACUUACCUGUCCUUAUGAAUUCGAAGCAAUGUGAGCAGAACUUUGCCGAAAACCUAUUGAAGUUUCAUGAAUCUUGUAUGAUCUUUUACAAAAAUUCCAGCUAUCAUAUUUGUACCCAACUUUUUAAGGUUCUGGACAGUCUAUAGAUGCAGUGAUUGUCCCAGCUAGCACUAUUAUCAGCCUUUUGGUGUGUCUUUAUGUUGCCCAUUUGGGGAGUCAGAGGCAAAAGACAGGUGAUGUAGCACUUCUUUUUUUAAUAAUUACAGCUUCAACUGUCCAGGAAUUUUUAGUCCUUAAAAGGGACUUGAGGAAGCUACCCAGAGUUACUGAGAAGUUUCUUCCAUCUAACAAGUUAUUCUGGUAAUUUUCUACUUUUGUCGUUUUGGAUCAAUAGAGAUAUUUCCAAGUGGUUUGUGACCACUGGAUGCAGAGUCUGGGUUUCUCUAUAAUAAAUCCCUUUGCCAAAUGCAGGAGUUGCAGACUUGAUACCAGCAAGGGUGAAGCAAAUGGGUGAGUAAAACCAUCCUGCUAGGGGAGCAUUUUCCUCUAGGAGUUCAGUCUUGAGGAAAGUGUCAGGGCUUUGAGCCGGUUCUGCCCAGUUCAGUCCAGUUCAGUCAUGGCUGAGGAAGUGUCACUGGAACAGGCUCGAGUUUUUAAAGUUACAAUGAACCAGAAAGAUAGCUGGAAUGGGAAAAAUUACAGGUCAAAGCCCUGCUAGAAACUUAAUCCCGCUAUUAGAGAACAAGGGCAGCAUACGCAUUGCAUAGCAACCACAUCUCUUGCCCUCAGAUUUUGAGCACAGUUGAAGUACCGGUGGCCCACUCAGAAGGUGGCAGCUGACCACACCACUUUGAUGUAUGUCACUCCCCUCUCCUGAGUCUCCUGUUUCAGGGCUUUGACCUGUAAUUUUUUGCGUUUUGGUUACCAUACCAAAUCUGCCAAAUGGUAAAACUUUGGGUCUGUUCCUGUUCUGCUUCCUCAGCCAUGACUUAGUGGUUUGAACCAAUUCAAAGCCCUGGUGUCAGUGCAGGAAUUGGACUCUUCGGAGGGUUACAGUAUCUCCUGACAGGACCUGCCAGCCACUUCUGGGCGAUAAUGUUGGCAUUAUUUGAGAUGGCAGACAGGAUACCUGCUUUCUGAUGUAUUUGGGUGAGUAGCUGAGCCAAGGGGAGGUUGGAUGAUUCGAAGAGAAGUAAGGAAUUCUUGGUUCAACGGAAGACUUCAUUUGGGAACCAAAAACUUUUAAUAAAUAAUCUCUUGGACAUUGAGCCACCAAUUUUCCUGGAAAGGUAUGCACCUUUUCCAGCAAAAUCUUAUUGGGGGUUAUGUUAUUGAGAAAUGAACUGAGAUAAAUACUUAGACGUGUUAUUUAAUGGCAUACUUUACUAGAAAUCAGAAGACCUGCAGCAGAUUUAAAACUCCAACUCGUUACCACUUUUUAAAAGAUUGUGAAAUUAAUCAAAAAUGCACAUGAAUCAAGUUUUAUAUACUGUCUGAUGGGUAGAUGAGGCUGUUCAUUGUACCAUUUCUUCGGAUUCUCAGGCAUGGUUUUGGCAAUGCAAGAACUCUGUAACAGUAACAAAUUCAAUAAAAAGUAAAUAUAUGA